AUGUCCGAAGUCACUUCCUCCCCCGAGUCGUCGCGUCUGCUGCGCGUCACCCUCGAGGGCGCCAUCAUGAGCGCCGUGUCCAACACCCUCGCUCAGAUCCUAAGAGCCUAUCGUGGUAGCGGCGGGCCGUACAUCGAUCCAGUCGCGCUCGUGCACUUUAUCAUUAUCGCCGUCGUCACCACACCGCCGAACUACAAGUGGCAGUUAGCUCUGGAGAGGAAUUUUCCCACGAAUCCUGCAAGGGGCGACGAGGUCAUGGACACGAGGGAGAAAAAGAAAGAGAAGAAUGAUAGCGCACCGAGCAAGAAGGAAAAGGAGCCUCUUUCCGUUACCAACACAAUUGCCAAGUUUGUUCUGGAUCAGACGAUUGGGGCGUCGUUGAACACCAUCUGGUUCAUCAUCAUGAUCAACUUGCUGCGGGGCGAGGGUCUGAGCUACAUAAUAGCCACCAUUCAGAAGGACUUUUUCCCAAUGCUCAUCGCAGGCUACAAGUUCUGGCCCGUCGUCACACUCCUCAAUCUCGUCGUGGUUCCUGUGGAACACAGGAUGUUCGUCGGGGGUUUGGCAGGUUUGGCAUGGGGUGUUUAUGUUAGUCUCAUGAACAUCUGA